CCCUUCUCGUCACAUGCAUCGAUCAAAACCCCAAUCUUUCCUAUCACCAUCUUCCGCCAUUGAAGUCUUUCUCCCAAAACUUCACUCUCAAAAGUCAAAACCCUCAUCACACCCUCCAAACAUGAACAAGUCAUUGAGCCUUCUCUUCCUUUUCAUCACCAUCGUUGCAGCUUCCGCCAUUACUGUUUCCAAAGCAGAAGAGAAAGAAUUCAACUUUGGACGUGGGCUCACAGGUCGCUUCCUUGCUGGCAUAACGAAUUGCAAGAUAAACCCUAAGGUUUGUGUUGCUGAAGGAAGUGCAGGCCCAGAUUGCUGCUACAACAAGUGUGUGAAUCUGGAGAUGGAUUCAUCAAACUGUGGAAAGUGUGGGAAGAAAUGUGGACACCAGAAAAUAUGCUGCGAAGGCAAGUGUGUGAACCCCAUGAACAACGAGAAGCAUUGCGGCAAAUGUGGUAACAAGUGUGGUGAAGACAGCUCUUGCUUGUACGGGAUGUGCAGCUAUGCUUGAACGUAACACCCCUGUUCAUUUAUUAUAUCAAUUUCAUUGAUAAUAAUGAUGAUUAUGAAUAAUAAUAAUAAUAAUAAUAAUAAUAAUAAUAAUAAUAAA